AUGACGUCUGUUCACUCAGAGCCUCAACACAAGCAGACACCCGACACAGAGCCUGCGGCGGCCGCAGGCGCCCCUGCCGUGUCCGUCAAGGAAAAGUACCAGGUGGCUGAAAAAAUCGUCAACGAGGAGUACAAAAUCUGGAAGAAAACGUCGCCGCUGCUGUACGACGUUAUCUACUCGUACGCGCUGCCGUGGCCGAGUUUGACCGUGGAGUGGCUGCGGCGCACCGAGAACCAGGAGCACGCGGUGCGUGCGAGCUUUUUGGUCGGCACGCACACCUCGGACGGCUCGCAGAACUAUCUGCGACAGUACUCUGUGCAGCUGCCCAGCACAGACGACUCUGCGGACAAAAAUCUCUUUCAAGGCAACCAGAUCUCCCUUCAGCGCGAGUGGCCACAUCCUGGCGAGAUCAACAAGCUGCGUGUGAACCAGGAGACCGGGCUCGUGGCCACCCAGACCAACAGCGGCGACGUGCUGAUCUACGACCUGGAGAACGGGGGCCAUGCCAAAACCCUCAAACACCACACCAAGGAGGGCUUUGGGCUGGAGUGGAACCCGAACUUUGCGCAGAACCAGCUGCUCUCGAGCUCUGAGGACCACACGGUCGCUCUCUGGAGCAUGGACACAGACGUGCCGGUGCGGGUGUUCCGCACGCACAAAGGCAUUGUGAACGACGUGGCGUGGAACAAGCAGCACAACAGCGUGGUUGCCUCGGCGAGCGACGACCUGUCACUGCAGAUCCACGACCUGCGCGCGCCGCAGCCCGUGGUGGCCGUGGCCAACGCGCACGACGGCCCGCUCAACGCGGUGGCGUUCCACCCGGACCUGGGCACGUUACUGGUGACCGGGUCGUCCGACAACCUGGUAAACUGCUGGGAUUUGCGUCUGAUGGAGCAGCCGACGCGCAAACUGUACGGCCACACAGGCUCUGUGGUGGACCUCAAGUUCCGCGAAAACCUGCUUCUGUCGUCGUCGAGCGACCGCCGCGUGCUGGUGUGGGACCUGUGCCAGAUCCGCGAGGGCGAAUUCGACGUCAAGGAGCACGAGCGUAAAAAGGGCGACUAUACAGACCCGUGUCUGGUGUUCAUGCACGGGGGCCACACAGGCCGCAUCUGCGAGGCCGACUGGCACCCCGUGCUGGACAACGUCGUAGCCAGCUGCGCAGAGGACGGCCUGGUGGAGGUGUGGCGGCCGCGCCACGUCGACCAGCGCGAGGAGGAGGAGUAGAUUCGGAGUACAUAGUGUUAUCGCUCGAGAAGCUGGCUGCGCCACUCCUGCGCCACGGCCUCUUUCGCGCGCUCGAGCUGCGCCACCCUAUAUAGCACCUCGUUCAAUCUCAACAUCACCGUGUCGUACUGGAUGCUGUACCACGUCAGGUGCCGCACACACUUCUUGCGGUCCGCCAUGCACAGCCCGGCAAACUGCUGCUGCGCGUGGUACGCCUCCCGCGCCUGUUCUGGCGUCGCAUCCAGAUCGGCCCAGCACGCCAGCCGCAGCGUUUUUUGGCACUCCUCGCUCGCCUCGUACGCGCGCCACUGCUCGUCGUUCAGCACCAGCGUCGCGUCGUAGCCGCACACGUCGAUCUUGGGCUUUUUGCCUUUUUUCGCCGGCUCUGGCUCCGUCUCGGCCAGCACCUCGUUCACCAGGCGAAUCUUCUCCCGCAGCUUCAGCAGGUACUUUUCCUUCGAUGUGUACAGCGCCUCGGCACGCCGCAGCUCCGCAAGCUCCGCGUCCAGCUGCACCACACGCUGUGCCAGCUCCUCCGGCAUAUCAACGUCCAUGCCCUCGUAAGCAGGCAUGCUGUCUCCUAGCACGCGGAACUCGUCUAAGUCCGCCACCCCGCAUACCACGCUCGCAAUCUCCGGCACGCGCAGCCGACACUCCUUGCUGGACUCGCUGAACCUCUUCAGCAGCUCGGUGCGCAUGAAUUCGACGCCGUGCUCGUCGCUGCAAUAUUUCGACGCUUUCUGCGAGUCUGCAUCGACGCGGACAGGCUUAUAGCAGCCAUCCAGCCGACACUUCUUCUUCCACAGCGUGGAGCCCUUGUGCAGCAGCUCGUCGCAAAAAAUGCAGUAGAAAUUGCUCACCAGGUCCUUGUAUUUGGGAUCGAGCUUCAUGCACGAAAAAUGAAACCACUCGUCGCAGCCAUCGCAGGCCACCAUCAGCUCGCCAUCGUCCACGCGCCGACACACGCAGAACAGCUCUUCCGAGUUCAGGUUGUACUUGGCUGCCUUGCUGAACUUGUUGUAGCGUUCC